AUGACUGAAGGUGGGGAUUCAGAAGAUCAGUGGAGCGAUGACUGUCUCUGGCCUCGUCGACUGCUCCAUGUCGCUUCCAUGACAUCCUAUCCCUGGAGCCCAGGCAACAAAUACGGAUCUUACACAGAGCCCUACUAUAACGCCGUAUCUUAUACAUGGGGCCGGUUCCGAUACAAGGAUGAUCAUCCAGAAUAUGAGAAAACACGCCCCCUCGCUGUCAAUGGCGUCUCUUGGCAACUUCCGCGAAUGCGCCCGUCUCAUUUCACGGCCGAUGACAUGCACGAACUUCUCAAAGCUGCUACAUGUCCUGAAGACGAGGAAUAUGCAGUGGAAUUCAUAUGGCUUGACGUUGCUUGUAUUGAUCAGACUAAACCUCACACACCGGAGUAUUACAGUGAGGUUGGAAGACAAGGGAGGAUAUUCCAAGGUGCUAGUGAAGUGGUGGUAUGGUUGACGACCAUCAACAGCAUACGGAUGAUAGAGUGGUGGCAACGGAUGAGCAGGGCCAAGACUCCUCUCAAACAAGUCCUGGUUGGCAGUGUCGAAGACUAUGAUGUUGACGAGUGGUUAAGAAAGCUACUGGCGGAGUUUCAGGAUCUUAGAAAAGACCCGUGGUUUACUUCUUUGUGGACUCUCCAAGAAGCGUUCCUCUCUCCGUAUGCCGUUAUCUUCCUGAGGGACGGCAAAUCCUUCUUCCGCUGUGUUGACGAUGUUUCCUCUGGAGGAUACUUGUCCCAUCUCAUCACGGUGUGCCAAAAGAUGUACAGCUUCCUCGAUCAGUUUCAACGAUCUGUGUCCCGAAAAGCUACGUUUGACCAGACACUGUUUGACGCUGUCAAAAAUGAGAUUGAAGCUUUCGGAUUCCUUGAAGGGUUCAAUGAAGGAACAUCGGUACUCAGAACGCUGGAGCUUGGCUAUGAUACCAGCUCAGCGUGGAUGGGCAAUCCGUUGAUGCUUCUCCAAGCUUCGCACCGACGAACGUGCUAUGAGAAAACGGACCGUGUGAGAGGCAUCAUGCAAGUCUUCGGGUUGCAGUUGGGCGAAUCAGCACCUGAUCAUAUCCCUGGGAAGGUGUACAGUCUACCUGAACUAGAAGAUCAACUCGCAACCGAACUGCUCCGCAUCUACCCUAUUUCUAGUCAGCUAUCCAUACAGGAUCGGUCGUGUCCGCCCCGUGCAGCGUGGAGAGUCAACUCGAGCAUGACCAUGAUGCGCUUCUCUGAGCUACUCUGGCGACAGAUGAUUGGGCCAGAUGGAUCCUCGGUUGACGAACAAGACCUUGUCGCGGAGUCAUAUGGAGCGACGCUCGAGGCCGCAAUGUUUGAAGACGUUCUCAUGGCUGGGUUUGAAGGCAGUUUCACUAAGAUGAGCACAUUCUUCAAGGUUAUGGAGAAGUGUAUUGGCUCUGAUACUGUGGAGGUUGAGCUGGAGCACAAGUACAGAGACGAGGUACAGGAAGUAUAUCCAGAAGACGUCUUGACGCGGACUCAGAAACUCUCCUGGUUAGCAGAUCAGUCGGAAGACCGAAACAUUGGCAUUCUGUUUCUAGCAUUGGUCGGGCCACCACCGAACGCGCCCGAGCUGGAGAAUCUAUGGUGCAAAUGGUGUAUUGGUUUGCUGCUUUGCCAGGAACCUGGACAACAAGAUGUAUUUCAGAAGGUUGGUGUGGUUACGUGGGAUCUUCAAGCCAUUGAACAAGUAGGAAAGGGUAGGAAACCUCAGCCAACCGACGAAGUGCUAGAUGCGGACAAGUAUUUGCUUGCGGAUGGUCCAGGUUGGACGACCUUGAGUGGUUAUUUCGGGUAA